AAUAACUAUAUUUUAGUCAUGGUAGACCAUUUUACCAAAUGGUGCGAGGCUAUUGCGAUACCACAGAUUGAUGCUGUAACCAUCGCAGAGUCAAUUUUUGACCACUGGGUCAGCCGUUGGGGGGCACCACUUCAACUGCAUUCAGAUCGAGGAUCCAACUUUGAAAGUAUCGUUGUCAGCGAACUCUGUCGUAUAAUGGGUAUCCGGAAGACACGCACUACCGCGUACCACCCACAGGGAAAUGGCUUGGUUGAACGCACCAAUCGGACACUUAAAUCCCUCUUGCAGGCAUUUGUAGAUCAAAACAACCCCAGGGAAUGGGACCGAUCACUCUCACAGUGCUUAAUGGCAUACAGAGCAAGCAUUCACAAAGCUACGCGUCAAACGCCUCAUUAUAUGGUCACUGGAAGAGAACUCCGGUUGCCAAUCGAUCUGACUUCAAACACACUAGGAGAGGAUACACUGAUUGCAUCCGAACACGUAAUCAGACUUCGACGAAACUUGAACAAGGUACAUCAGAUGACUAGGGAUAUACUCCAAACAAACCAGAGGUACCAGAAAGAAUACUAUGAUAGGAAAGCACAUGGAUCACCAGUGGAGCCAGGAGACAAGGUGAUGCUACUUAAGGAGGCACCACCUAAAGGGAAAGCUCUUAAAUUCCAUAAACGCUGGGAAGGACCAUUCACUGUAGUAGAGGUACUAAGUGACUGCACCUGUAGGAUUCAGGAACCGAAUUCCUCUCAUAGUCUAGUCACACACUUCAAUAGACUAAAACCUUUUCGACAACAGGCCUUAGUUCAGACAAGUCCCGCAGGAACAGUCACCUAGCACUGCGGACAGUGCUCCUAUGGGAGAGGGGGUAGUGUAAGGCAUGGUUGGCUGCGAAGUAUGCAGGGAUUGGUUACCCAAGACGAGGCAACGGAUGACCAAUAGGAGUGCCCUUCCCUCUUAUCUAAUUGUAUUGCGAUUGGUUGUAAAUAUAAUACUUGACCUUGAGUCUUCGUUCUUACUAGCACGCAACACUUGUGUGAUCACGCUGCUAACGUGCGCUUUGCUCUCUGUUUCAGAUCAUUGCUUGACGAGUGGGAUUACAAUUUGUGUCUGCAUGGCGGACUGUAUUCUUGCUUCUUCAUUUCAGAUCAUGAAUACUCAUUUACAGCAUGUUCGCCAGCGUCUUCAAAUGGUAGAAUUGGAUCGUUCAUGGAAUUUGAGUGGUUAUGAGAUAGACGGUUUGGAAUUAAUCCUCAUUUCAGUUUAGAUGCAGGGUUGUUCGACCUCGACCAGAAGAUGAAUAGGAGCAGCAAAAUACCAGAAAGAGAA